AUGGCGCAACAAAUGCAAGCAUGGCAAGUCGCCAACCCGGGCUCUUUCGAGAGCGUCUUCAAGCUCAGCGACACCGUCCCCAAACCCACGCAGCAAAGCCUCAAGGCAGGCCAAAUUCUCGUUCAAGUCUCCCGCGCCGCCAUCAACCCGGCCGACUACAAGAUCGUCGAGCUGGGCAUGGCCGCCCGUCUCAUCACCUCGUUCCCCAAGACCCCAGGCAUGGAUCUCAGCGGCCGCGUUGUCGCAGUCGCAGAUGACGUGACGGAUGCCAAAGAAGGCGAUCUCAUCCUCGCCAGGGCCACGCCCAUGAAGACUUUUGGAUCUCUGGCGCAGUUCACCGUGUGUGAGCGCGAGGGUUACAGUGUCAUCCCCAAGGAGCUUGAUCUGGAGCAGGCGGCCGGUGUUGGAACAGCGGGAUUGACGGCGUAUCAGACCAUUGCGCCGUAUGUCAAGGCUGGCGACCAGGUCUUCAUCAAUGGUGGUUCUGGAGGUGUUGGACUUUGGGGCAUCCAGAUUGCUAAGGCUCUUGGAUGCCAAGUCACAGUGUCUUGCUCAACAGGCAAGGCAGAUCUGUGCAAGAGUCUGGGCGCCGACAGUGUGAUUGACUACAAGACAAGCGACGUCCUCACCGAGCUCCAGAAGCUCGGCCAAGUAUUCAGCCUCUGCGUCGACAACGUCGGCAAUGCGCCUCCGAACUUGUACGCAUCAUCAAACGGCUUUCUCCUCUCCGGCAGCCACUUCGUCUUCGUCGGCGGCCACAUCUCAGCCAAGAGCGUUCUGAGUCUGUCGACCAACCUAGUGCGCCCUUCGUUCCUCGGCGGUGUCAAGAGCAAGUUUGUCACGUAUGCUACAGCGAACAAGCAGAAAGACCUGGACCAGUUGAGGGAUUGGAUGGUGGAGGGCAAGGUUAAGACUAUCAUUGCCGCGACAUAUUCGUUCCAGGAGGCAGACAAGGCGUUUGAGCAUUUGAAAAAAGGGUCUAGUGGAGGCAAGAUUAUUGUUCGGGUUGAGGAGUAG